GGAUGCGCGGCGCUGCGAUGCGACCAUGGUGAUGUGCCGCCGCCGCCGGGGCGUGUGACGCGAUACGAAGGGCUGCGAUGCGAUGCGCGAUCGGUCUUGCACUCUCUGCUUGCUUGCUUGCUUGCGUGCUUGUCCAUAGCAUGCUAGGUAUAGGUAAGGACAUACAUACCUAUGUACGGCCAGGCACAACGGCCCAACAGUAUGCACCUUGCACACCGUAUUUACCGCGUACAGGCAUCAGCAGUAGCAGUAAGCAAGCAAGCAGACCUACUUUUCCGCUCUACCUGCGACGUCUCAAGCAAGGCACGUAGCGGGGCAGCGGCGGCGGCAGUGGCGGCGAAAACGGCGCGGCGCAGCGUGGCGAAGGAGCCCAAAGCCUGCUGCCUGUCUGCUUGCUUGCUUGCUUGCUUGCCUGCUUGUCUGUCUGGCAUCCCUCCCAUCCGCAUACCCCGCCUCGAGGCGAGGGCGAGGCGAGGCGAAGCUGCGGCUGUAGGAUUACGCGUAUAUGCUUUUAGGAGCAGGGAUAGCGGAGCAGGGCAAGGCAGGGCAUACAUAGCGGGGCAGGGUUUGGCGAAGGACGGAGGCCGUCGUCUGGGCGCUGUACGUAACAGGGCGGGCGAGGCGGUGUGGCGAGCGUUUGCGAGGAUGCGAGUGGAUAGAUGGGUGGAUGGAUAGAUGAAAGGAAGGAUGAAUGGAGGAGGGGCUCAGGCUACG